AUGCCUUGCAGCAGCAACGAUACGGGAGCGGGAGGCAGCUGGGUGGAGACUUGCUCGCCAGCCGCGUUUCUGAUCUCCCCCGUACCUCCUCACAGCUCCAGCAGCAGAGAGCGCCCGGGUUCGUCUUUAAGAAGCGUGCCUGGGGACGGUCGGCGCUCUUCCGCGCGUAGCUCCAUAUUUCUCUCCCGGGUAAUUUCCUCGCAGCCCGCGCCGUCUUCACCUCCUGCGGGCGCGCCUUCUCAGAUCGCUGCGUAUUCGCAGCCAAGUCAGCACUUCCCCUCUCGUCCUCAUUCGGCGUUGGGGAAGGCGGGUCUUCCUUCACAGACGGGCGCCAGCUCUGCGCCUGGGCAGCAGUCCUCCUUACAGAAUGCUGGAGCCGCAGGAAGAUCCCUGGAUGUGUAUUCAGCAGCCCCGGCGGGUGGCGAAUCUGCCUUACUCAUGAGCCGAGAGCGCGGAGAGCGAGACGGUUCUGCUUCCGGGGGCAGUGCAAGGGUGAGAGAUGGAGGCAGAGCCAUGCAAAGUGACUCUUCUCAAGAGGUUGUGCCUUCCGGCCGUAGCCUCAUGCAGGCGCCCUCCGAGGUCCGCGGCGUGUCGUCGACCGGCCUCUGGGCCUCCACACAGUUCGAGGAGUCCGCAGCUUCCCCGACUCGGCGGCCAGCAAGGAGAGACGGCAGUGCCGAUGCGGGGAGGGACGGAGGCGAGACGGAGGGCGAAGCGGCAGGAGUGGUGUUUUACACGCCUCUUUCGUCGCCGCUCAAAGUCUAUUCGGCCUCGUCGUCGCGCGACCAUACUUUUGUUCUCUCUCCGCGGGAGCCCCCGACAGACCAGGCGGUGAGCGCGGCGGCGGCGGCGCCCGGAGCGCCCGCGGCGGAGGCACAGCGGGAGUAUUCGAGGGAGUCGAGUGCGGGAUCGGUCGACUGGAGCGCGAUGUGCAGCCGAACAUACACGCCGAAGCUCGGGCUUCUUCAGAGGUGCUACGAGGAGACAGAUGCGCGACAGGACGAAGAAAACGACGAUGAUUCAGACGUGUCCAUUUCCUCGUUGCCCGCCUCGAGCAGUGAUGCUGCUUUCGCCUCCAGACCUGCCGUGCCCUCUACGUCUGCGCCCAGUGCCUGCCGCCUGCGCGGCAGGCACGCCCGCGGCGACGAGGGCGGCCAGGUGUACAGACAGUUGCCCACGGGCACCUCGAGUCGACCAGUCCUCCGCCACCCUUGCCAGCGUCCUCUCUGCUGGAAGCGAACGCGGAGACUCGAGGAGAGGCCUCGGGACGUCUGUCCCGUUGACGACUCGUCGGCGGUGCCUUUUGAAGAGAAGAGGCGGUCUCUGGGGCGGCGGGGGUUCCAGGAAGGAGUGCGGUGGGCAGCGAGUCGCGCGGGAUACGGGGACGGUGGUGGAGACGGACGAGAUGAGCAGAGUGCGAGAAACGCAGUGAGCGGGCGGGCGAGAGCAGAGACAGGCGCAAGCGACCUGUCUGUCACCUCUGCAGGUCGUGAUAUUCGGGGACGGCCAGCAAGGGCAGGUCGUUCUUCAAGCGCCUCCAAGCAGCUCCAACGGCGCGUUGUCGGCGAACCGUGGUCGGAGAACAGGCAUUCGUCUGCGGACGCCGAUGCGUUUUCCUGCGAAGAAGGUUCCCCGCUGUUUGUAUCUCCCGUUGGCGAUGGCGCUCUACAGGAACCGGAUGAAGGCACAAGCCGCGGGCUCCCUACGCUAGGGGCCGCGUUCCCCACUGGUGACGCUUCUGCUCUCCUGGCUUCAACCUCAGCCUCUGCGGGAGAGGACGCUGUCUGCUUGCCGGGCAGAGCUGAGGAGACGUCGCGCGGAGGCGAGAUGGAAAACGCCUCUUCUCCAAGAGGCAACACGGUCGCGCGGCCUCUGCGGACCGGCGUGGCGUGUGACUUCUUCACACCGGGCGACCAGGAGGAAGAGAGGGAGAGCAGGAGGCGCGUUUCUGCGAGGAGACUGCAUCCCGAAAGCGGCCGGACGGAGGGAGGCGCUGAAGAGUCCCGCCGCAGAAGGUCGCUGGGGCCCGAAGGCUGGGACAGCUUCGACGACGAGGACAGCGAAGCGUCCGAGUCUUCUUACCGGAGAAGGCCUGGAUGGCAACGCCGUCUUCCUGCGCGAGAGACAGGUGACACUGCGGCCAAGAGGGGCCCUGAGGCGCUUCAGGCCGGUCCCUUUCGGACUCGAAGGGACGGGAAGCCUCUACGGCAGACGUCGCCGAGUCGGUACUCGUGGGUGGAGGCGGCGUCUGAGGACGAAAUUGACUACGAGGAUAGGCGGCUUCCGAAGCGACGUCGUUUCUCGCUGUCGACUCUGGAGCCUCAAAGCUCGUUCGAAGAAGACAUGCCACCCGCCGACGCGGCGUCGCUGCCCUUGCCUUCGGCCUCUGGCCCUGCAGAGACAGUCUGCUCUUCUGAGUCCUCGUCAGCACCUGCGGCUCUGCUGCACGUAGCUUCUUCCUUGCCGCUCCCUGAGCCUUCGCUUUCGUCUUGCUCGGUGUCUCCUGCCUCAGCGACCAGCAGCAGCCUCCACACCGCCAAGGCGGACUCUGCCGUCGCGGCGUUGCUGGCGGCCCCCCCGCCGCCGCCGUCGCGUCUGCUGCGCAAGAGAAAGAGACAGAGCGCAGGGGGCGUCGCGAGGCGCAUGCUGCUCCACGGUCCGGGCUUCGCGGGCGCCCGGUUUCCGUCCGCAGACGAGGCGACUUUGGUGAACAGUCUGGGCACCGCUUUGACGGCGGAGGAGACCCUCGAGCUUCGUCAGCGAGAAGAACAAGAGCGUCUGAGGCGGCAGAUGCUGGAGAGGAAACGAAAAGAGGAAGAAGAAUGGGCGGCUGCAGAGCUUGCGCGACUGCAGCAGCAGAGGCGGGAGGAAGAGAAGAAGGCAGCUGCGCUGGCUGCCGCGGGAGCUGCGAAGGCGCGGGAUGCAGGAGCAGCGGCGGCCGCCGGGACUUCAUCUGCCUCGCCUCAGUUUGUCUUCGGUGCGCGCCGGCCGGAGGCGGACAAAGCCUCCGCCGAUUCGAAAGCGUCUGCAGCUCUGUCUGGGCUUUCUAUGGGGAACGGGCUCGCGGGUGCGUCUCCAAAGAGUUCCAACCUCCCCAUUCUCACGUUGUCGAGCAAGGCCCUGUCGGCGCCUGCUGGUGGGCAGACCUCAUCCGCUUCGCCUGCCAAUGGCCUCGCGUCAUCUGUAGAGAAACCGGCCGCCCCCACCACGGCAGGGAGCACAGGCACGGGGAAUAUUUCCAUCCCAGUUCUCGCUCCGGGGCAAAGGAGACCUCGACUGACAAUCAUUCGUUCCUCAGCGAGCAGCGGAAACCAGAGUGCAGCUGCGGGAGGAACCAGUGGCGCGCCUGCCGCUGCGGCCGGGCCUGAGGGAGGCGUGGUUUCCACCUCUUCCAACAGCCGCGCUCCGGUCUUUGGCAACGUGGGCGCAAAUUCCUCCGUGGCGCUGCCCGCCAAGCCUGCGUCGGGGGCGGACGCGGGAUCUCUCUUUGGCGCGGCUGGCGCAGGUGUCUCUGCAGCAGCCCACCGCCAAGCGUCGCCUCUGUGGGGGGGGAGCGGCGACCCGGGCGGACAGCCUGCUGCAUCGGCGGGGGCCGCUCCCCCAGCGGACGGUCUUCUGCCCGGCUUUGGGACGGCAGGCCUGGGAGUUGCCGGCGGCAUCGCUGCGCCAGGAGCCGCAGCCCCCUUCGGAGGGGGGCUCGGAGGCGGAUUCCAAGACGGUGGACUGGCGCCUGCUGCUGGAGGCGCAAAUCCCUUCGCUUUUCAGCGCGGCGGCCGAGGAGGUCGGGGCGGCCGAGGCAGAGGAGGCCGGAGGCGGUGA